CACCUUUUAUUCAAAAGUUCAAAUUUCAAACGGCUCUCUCCUCUAAUAACACCUAACACCAACCGCUGAAACCCCAAAAUCUCCAACCCAAAACUCUCAUUCUCUAGUUAGCUUCUAUUGCCAAUUUCUGCUUCCAAAACCAGUUUUCUGAAAUCCAUUUCUGCUUUCAAGGAUUGACGAGUGAUCUGUUUCCACUAAAUGGGCACUUCAGGAAAAUGGCUCAUGUCUCUAAUCACUCUCAAAAAGCUUCCACCGACCGACUUUGGAAAACAGAGCGACAAUAAGGGCAAGAAAAAAUGGAGGUUAUGGAGGAGCUCAUCGGAGGGAUCCAUACCAUCCUCAUCGAAGGAAUUGAAAAGGGUCCAUGUAGCAUCGUCGGAGUCUUCCCUUGUCCUUGAUCAUGAGUUCGCUGCGGCCAUGGCUACUGUUGUCAGAGCUCCGCCGAGAGAUUUCAUGGUCGUCAAGCAAGAAUGGGCUGCAAUCCGGAUUCAAACAGCUUUUCGGGGCUUGUUGGCAAGACGGGCAUUGAGGGCCUUGAAAGCAGUGGUGAGGAUCCAAGCAAUAUUUCGUGGUCGGCAGGUCCGAAAGCAGGCUGCUGUAACACUGAGGUGCAUGGAAGCCCUUGUCAGGGUUCAAGCUCGAAUGAGAGCACAGGGAGCCAGAAUGUCUUCAGAAGCACAAGCUUCGCAGAAAUUAUUGGAUGAAUACAACAAUGUUGAUCCCACCAAGCAGGCUGAGCAAGGAUGGUGCGAUAGUCUGGGAACUGUGGAUGAAGUUAGAGCAAAGUUACAACUGAGGCAAGAAGGAGCCAUCAAGAGGGAGAGAGCAAUUGCAUACGCCCUCUCUCAACAGCAAUCAAGAUCAUGUGCAAGCCCAGCUAGAAGAACAAACAAGUCAGCAUCAGCUAUCAAGAAUCAAAAGCUGGAUAACAGCAGCCCUGGAUGGAGCUGGCUAGAACGGUGGAUGGCAGCCAAGCCAUGGGAAAACCGACUGAUGGAAGAAACUCAUACUGUCUUAUCAGAGACUUCAUUUUCCAGGAAAAGUGAGGAUAAAAUUGCCAAUAUCUCUUCAUAUCCAUCGAUACAUGACUCUGUAAAGGUGAUAAGAAACAAUGUCUCAACAAGAAUUCUUGCUAAGCCUCCUGUGGUCGGUCAGCAGAGUACCCGCUCAUCUUCUGCCCCAAGUUCUGAAUCCCUGUACGAUGAGAGCUCUGAUUGCACUUCAUCUACAAGUGUUUCUCCAAUUCCAUUGUCUAGCAACACCAUCGUGGUGGACAAAGGAGAAGAGAGUUGUAACCGGAAUCCGACUUACAUGAAUCUCACAGAGUCAACUAAGGCCAAGCAAAAAGGAUGCAGGCAUGUGAUGGAGGAUCAGUUUCAUAUGUUGUCAAUGCCACUUUCCAAUGGAGACGCCAAGGGCAGUGCUGGUUCCAAUCCUUCAUUUAAAGUAUGCAGGGAUCUUUACCCACCAAUCCCUUUGGGUAGACAUGAUGAGCUGAGAAAUCGGCGACACUAAGCUCGGAUUGGGAUAGUUCAGUGAUGAGUUCAACUGCUUGUUGCCCUUGACGCCAUUCAAGAAGUAUCAAAACUAGUUGAGAUAUAUACAUAUACUUGUAGUAUAAAUCUUUGGAAUGAUUGUGAUUGUAGAAUAGAAACCUGUUAAUCAAUUUGCAUUAUGUUUCAGUGAGUGUGUCUGCCAACAUCUCAUGGUGCCAAAAUGUUCUGAAGCAGCUAGUAAAGUAAGAUGUGGAUUUUUCAAGUACUCGUAGUGAAUUUGAUGAUGAAUUGGUGUUUCACUGA